CCGAAAGCAUCUUGGCCGUUUUUUCGAAUCGCGCACGGGUUUACAUUAAACCGAAGGAAACUAGACAUGGCUAUGUUCAAGCUCCACGACCUCCCACAGGAAUUCUUGGAAUACAUGGUUGAUAUCAUGCACAAAGAGGGACACCACUAUUUUUAUCGCGACGACGCGCAAAUUACAGACGAGCUGGAGAUGACUGGGCCGGAAAGGUUGUUCGUGGGCUUCACAAUACGCCUUUUCCUCUACAACAAGGACCAAUCAGGCCAUUCAAAAUUAGAGGUAGAGUGGAGGAGUGCCUUCUUUCAACAGCCAUGGCGAGUUACGUUAGAAUAUUACGGGAAACGCGUAAAAUACACGGGAAUAGACCGUUUCUCGACCGACGUUAAGGAAUACGAGGCAAUACCGGACGACGCCGUCUACUCGCUUGGCAUCAGGGUUGUAUCAGACAGAGUAUUUCAGGCACUCUUCAAUGAAUCACCUACCGGAGAACUCGACGUAGAAGCCACCUUAAAUGACGUGUGGACGUUCCACGUUAAAGUCGAGGGUCAAGUACUCCUUGGAAUGAGCAUGAACAGCGAGAGUGUUCCGCGGCCGGAUAAUCAGUGGGGAAGAAGAUGUUAUCUAAAACAUCUGUGGAUGCCACUAGGAACCAUAGGUGUAUACACAUGCAAACUGGUAGACAACACUAAGCCCAACUGGAUCGAACUGACACACGCGGAUGGUACACAAAGUUCUCAUCAUUUUGGCCACGGAGACCUUCCGAAUGGGACGCUACUAUAUUACACCAUUCGCCUAUCAUUUAAAACAUUCAUCAUAACCUGUAAUUUUCAUCCGACUAUUAUGCUACAAGAAACCGACAAACCCAACUUCAUUGAAGCUACCUUCUCAGAAGCACUGAACAUCAUAAACUUCGAUGUGGACAUUCCAUACUCGUAGAAGACGAAUUUACUAUUCUGCAAUCAUUCGUCUCUAGAGAUCCCGGAAUUACCAAAAUGUAUUGCCUAAAAUAAACGAAUACUCCUGUUUUAAUAAAGUAUUAUCGCCAUUAUUAACGUGCCUGCCUUUGUCGUGGCCGGAGAAGCGUCCAGUAAAAAAAAAGGCAUUCCCUUCAGUA